CUCCUCUGAAGAAGAGCGUUAGCCUCCUUCAACAUCAGCACCAGCAGAGACGUCUUCUUCCCCUCGGCUUCAUCUCCAUCUUCUCUGUCCACUGCGGAACAUCGGCCCGCUUUCAGACCGACCGAACUAUGGACAACUCCGGCAAAGAGAAGGAGGCCAUGCAGCUGAUGGCUGAAGCCGACAAGAAGGUCAAAGCGUCCGGAUCCUUCCUCGGAGGGAUGUUCGGGGGGAACCAUAAGGUGGAGGAUGCCUGUGAAAUAUAUGCAAGAGCGGCCAACAUGUUUAAGAUGGCAAAGAAUUGGAGUGCUGCGGGGAACGCGUUCUGUCAGGCCGCUCGGCUCCACAUGCAGCUUCAGAACAAACUGGACUCCGCCACCAGCUUUGUCGACGCCGGCAACGCCUACAAGAAGGCCGACCCACAAGAGGCCAUUAACUGUCUUAACCAAGCCAUUGACAUCUACACCGACAUGGGUCGGUUCACCAUUGCAGCCAAACAUCACAUCACCAUAGCAGAGAUCUAUGAGUCCGAGUUGGUGGACAUUGAAAAGGCCAUUGCUCAUUACGAGCAGGCAGCAGAUUAUUACAAGGGAGAGGAGUCAAACAGCUCAGCUAACAAAUGUCUCCUGAAGGUCGGACACUACAGCGCUCAGCUGGAACAGUAUCAGAAAGCCAUCGAAAUCUACGAACAGGUUGCCAUGAGUACUAUGGACAAUCCUCUGCUGAAAUACAAUGCUAAAGAGUAUUUCUUCAAAGCUUCUUUGUGUCACUUCAUAGUGGAUGAGCUAAAUGCCAAGUUGGCCAUAGAGAAGUAUGAGGAGAUGUUUCCAGCUUUCUCAGACUCAAGAGAGCUCAAACUACUAAAGAAACUCCUUGAGGCCCACGAGGAACAGAACAGCGAGGCGUUCACAGAGGCCGUAAAGGAGUUUGACUCUGUGUCCCGUCUGGACCAGUGGCUGACCACGAUGCUGCUGCGCAUCAAAAAGACCAUCCAGGGAGACGCUGGUGACUUAAAGUAGAGAAACAUAAAAGUGGGGAGAGGUCCAGGGAUCGAGGCAGACACAAAACGUGGAAUAAUGUGGUACAAGAGAGAAGGGUAAUGGAAAAAGGGUUUUAGGGUGGAGAGUGAAAUUCAGAGAGUUUACACAUGUACAUAUCAGUCUGCAUGUGACCCCAGUCAAAUUAGCACCCUCUUUAAAUCACUGUUUAACCACCCUGUGUCCCCGUUGCAGUAUCGAUCCGUAACACUGGACAGCAUUGUAUUAAAAGAGACAAAGUGUGAAGACAAAGAGAAAAUGUGUGUGUCUACUCCAGUAGGAUCAAAUCUACUUUUUGAUGAAGUGUGCAUAUAUGAUACAGAAAAAAUAGAAACACUAUAUAAGAAAUUGUUCAUAUUUAUUGUCAAUACUGAACAUAUUGUUUAUUAUUGUGCUCAGUGUUACAGUUUGUUUAAAUGUUUUAGUUAUUAGCCCCUAUGAUUUCCUCUGUUUUCCUCCCUGCUUCUGAGUUGGUAAAAUCCCCCGCUGUGAUUGGUCAUUUCUUGUGAGGGCGGUGCAGUUAGUUGAGAGAACAGUGACUGUUGCUGCCUUCUUUGUGCAUGUCUGCGUUGACGUAAAUGUUCUCCGUGUUGUGUUAACAUGUAAAAACCUAUGUGUAGCCUGAUACAUUUAUGUGAAAUCAGUAAAUAUGUACCUCAGAUACUGAGCUGAAAUAAAAUAUCAUCACUCUA